GCAGCAGCCUUGCUGGAACGCUGCCUGUGAGCUGCUCCACAGAACCACAAUGAGGUAUCUUUGUGUACAGUGAAGCAGAUCAAAACAGGAAAGUUGCUGCAUGCUAAUGGGAGGUGAGAUCUCCUUGCUUUCGGUGUGAACUUGUUUCGUCUAGGAAUCCCAACGGAACAUUAAAAGAAAUUGCUUCCAGAAAAGAAAUUCUCUUUGGUUUGUCAUUCGGAUUCUGAGAGAGUGUUGGGGAAUUCUCAAACUGUUGUUACAGACUCGGUAAUCUCUAGAAAGAAUGCACAGUGUGGCUAGUUGCAGUGCAUCCCUGGGAUCUCUGGGAUUGAUGCAACUCUUUGGGGUUUCCUGGACCUGGAGUAUUGCUGCAAGCUUUGGCAUUUAUCUGGGAAGUGGAGGAUGGAGGUUUAUUCGGAUACUGUUAAAAACUGCACCAAGAGAUCUCUUUGGUCUGAUGUUGCUGCUGAGGGUUAAGUUAGCUGUGUGGAAACACCAACGAGAAGACAGCACCAUCCCGAAGAUCUUUCAAGAUACAGUGCAGAGACACCCAGAUAAGGUGGCCCUCAUUUAUGAAGGGGUUGACAAAAAGUGGACUUUCAGGGAUCUUGAUGAGUAUUCCAAUGCCGUGGGCAACUUUCUGCAGGAGCAGGGCUAUGGUCCAGGUGAUGUCAUUGCGUUGUUCAUGGAGAGUAGGCCGGAGUUUGUCGGUCUGUGGCUCGGCAUGGCUAAAGUCGGAGUGGAGGGUGCACUGCUUAACUUCAAUCUCCGCCUCGAUGCACUCACUCACUGCCUGUCUGUGUCGGGGGCCAAAGCCAUUAUCUUUGGUGCAGAGAUGAGUGAUGCCCUGUUAGAAGUGAAUGGGAUCCUAGGGAAAAAGGUUCAGAGAUUCUGCAGUGGAAACUGGGAUCCAAGCAAAGUUGCAGCUGGCACGGAGCACCUCGAUCCCCUGCUCAGUGCAGCUUCCAAAUACCCACCGUCUGCUCCACCUGAAAUUGGAUUCAUGGAUCGCCUUUUUUACAUCUACACAUCUGGCACCACUGGUAUGCCUAAAGCUGCCAUUGUCGUACACAGCAGGUACUACAGGAUGGCUGUGUUUGCUUAUUAUGGAUUCCGAAUGCGGCAUGAUGAUAUUAUUUAUGACUGUCUGCCCCUGUAUCAUUCAGCAGGCAAUAUAGUGGGUGUGGGACAGUGCCUGCUGAAUGGCCUGACUGUUGUGAUCAAAAAGAAGUUCUCGGCCAGUCGAUUCUGGGAUGACUGUGUGAAGUACAACUGCACUAUUGUCCAGUACAUUGGCGAGAUCUGCCGGUAUCUCCUUAACCAACCGGUCCACCAGGCUGAAACCCAGCACAACGUCCGUAUGGCGAUUGGUAAUGGCUUGAGACCCUCUGUCUGGGAGUCCUUCACCAGCCGCUUCCGCAUCAAGCAGAUGGCAGAGUUCUACGGGGCAACUGAGUGCAACUGUGCCAUCGCCAACCUCGACGGCAAGGUAGGCGCCUGUGGCUUUAACAGCCGUAUUUUGCCCCAAGUCUACCCUAUCCGUCUGUUGAAGGUUAAUGAAGACACGCUCGAGCUUAUCCGGGGUCCCAAUGGGCUGUGUAUCCCCUGCAAACCAGGUACUUUCAAAAUCCAGAAGACAAGAUUGCGAAAAGAAGGUUUUGACUUGCAUCAGACAAGUGACACACUGUACUUCCUGGAUUCCAAACUGGGGAAGUACAUCCUCCUUGACAAGAAAGUUUAUGACACUAUCCUGGCUGGAAAUUACCACCUAUAGUUUAAGAAAGCGAGUACUGGGGAGCUAACAAUUUUUUUUUUAAAUUACCUGGAAAAAGAUGAAGGAAGGGCUUGACUUAUAUGAAGAGUUGAAUCCAAACCUCCCCGGAGCAAGAAAACAAAAGGCCCUGUGAAAUGAAACUCCACUUCGCCAAGUUUAGAGAGCUGGGUGUGAUCCCUUCUGAGUACUCUUUGUCAUAUAGAGCGAACUCUGGUUUCUCAAAGUGACUGUUGGAAUGGCUCUAAAGUUGGGCUCCAAUCUACACUCAGUGCCCACUGUUCCAAUGUCCUAUCAAGAAUUCAUAAAUUAGAAGAAACAAUACUGAUGCUAGAGGAGGAGGGAUGGACAGAUCCAAUUCCUUUUCACGAGGCUAUUAAACUUCCGUACAGCCUACUUCAUCUGCUCCAUUGUGCCCUUACAAAUAAGCCGUGCUCACAGAGUCCAGACGUUGCACUAAGUUGUUAACUCUCUACAGGAACACUGGUUUCAAACGUGAGCAUUAACAAUUUUUUCUCCCUUCCCCCUCACUCCAGUCAGCCCACAGUCAACCAUUCUGUGUUAAACCUCCAAUCUCUCCAUUAUCUGAUUUUUAAAAAAUUAAUUUACGUGCUCUUGCUAUCACAGAGCGGUCACUAUACAGAAGGAAGCCCCAGUCAUGGUUAUUGUCACCAUGUGCUCCCUUCCUCCUUCCACCCUGACCUCUGAACGUGGCUUUCUCGCAUGUAACUGCAAGUGGUUGGGGAGACUUUUUUGUGUUGUUGCAGGGAGGUGAAUGAGAUUCUGUGGCCCAGAUUGCCCCAGGUGAAUUCUUCACAACAAUGAGUGUGGCUCAUUAACCUGUUACAACAGUGUCUGUGCAUUCACUGCGCUGUUUUGAGAGGGGCUGACAAAGGCUUCAUUCACUAUUCAGUGGUCCGCAGCUGGAAACUAAACAGAUUUCUUCCUUAAAAUGGUUAGGGCGUUAAUGCUCAACAUGGCCAACUAUGUUUUCUCAGUGUAUGGUGAAUGAAAACAUUGAAGGGAAAUGAUUUGUUGAGUUUGAAGUAGUUUGACCAGAGUUCUUGCCAGUUAAUCUCUUUGUAUUCCUACAUCUAUUGAUCCACAAUAGAUGAAAUACAUACACUAACGGGGGCUUAUAUGAUUUGUGUGUUGAAACAAAAUAUAUCCUUCGCUCUUGCCCAUCAUUUCCUUCCCCCACCCCCUUUUCUGUUUGCCACUCAUAAAAACUCCAAAAAUAUUACCUGAACACUUUUUAAAGUUUUAAAAUAAUUUUUGUGUUAAAUCGGGGUAAUCUCAUUAAUCUGCACCCACAUUUUGACAGUCAAAAGGCAAACUUUCCAUUUACGGUUAACAAAACCCGACCUGCUACGUCAGGGACCACAGUCCCAGCAGUUCUCGACUCUGGGGUCAGUCCCUGGCUUUGCUGCAAGGCGGGGUACCCUAGGUACAGUGUGCGUACCUGCCUUCCAGUCUCCACGUAGUGAGCUUUGAAUUCUGUCUUUGCCACACUGUAUAGGCGUUGACUGGAAGAUUAGGCUCUGUCCUAGUAGAGGAGGGAAAGUAAAAGUGUUCUGAUGCGCGUUUGAUUGCUCUGGGACUGUUUCACUCCCUAAUAGAAUGAAUUUGCUAUUCCCCUCGCUAGACAAGAUGGGCAAACAAUGCUGAUUCCUUGCUCUGGUGCCAACUCCAUAACAGAAGCUGCUGUAAACACAGGCCCAGUGACACCUGGAACAGAACUACACUACGAGCACAGACAUUGAAGGGAAAUGCUGCCAUUAGCAUUCGCUGUCACUAUUACUUUAAAUGUUUCCCGACAGACCAAGCCCUGGGCUAUGCAUUACUAUUACCUCAAUUAAGUUAGAACAGCUCAGUUGAAGUGUAUAAACGCUAGUGUAGAUUUGCCUCUGUUCUUUUCCCCUCUCUCUACGUCCAUCAGAGAUACUUCCUCCUAAUGAUUCCCUGCUCCGUCCCGAUUCCUAGCUAACUCCUUGUUGGUAAGAUGUUCUUCACUCGUGUGUGUGUGGGGUUUUGAUUGCUGUCACUCUGGCAGGAGUAGUAACUGGACAAUAAUCAGGAAUGGUACAGCCUACCUGGAACUUUACCCCCUAAUUCAGGGUCACAGGGCUCAUUGGAUGUGCGAUUGAUGCUAUCCUCAUCACAGUUGGCUAAUUCCACACAACGGCGACUAACUGCUUUAAAUAGACCAGUUAAGUCAGUGCUGUGUUCUCUCUAACUAUCCACAGUCUGGCCAUACUUUGAGCAGCCUCGUUUGCAUGAAACAGAAUUAUCUCUGGUCGCUGAUACCCUCUCAACUGUUAACUGUCUGCAUGUUUUCCCCACUCGCCAAGUAACUGAGUCAGCAAAGUGUUUCCGAGGUUAGUGCGAGACUAUUCUCAACCUAAAAGGAGCAGUCAGCAAUGGGAGGUUUCUUACGGAUGGUGCAAAUGAUUUCCUGUGCAGCUCAGUGAGAUAGCAGUGUGCUGCAUCAUAGGAAACUCUUUAAUCGUUACAUUUAGGAACCGGCACAAGAGUCUAGUUUAUUAAAAUUUGCCAAGUCUUGCACUGCAGCCUGUCUGCCCUGCAACAGUACAGCCCCAUCUGAAGAAUGGCCUGUGUGAGGCCCCGUUGUUAUUUUUCUAGGGGUCAGGACAUUAGCAGGCGAUCACAGCAUCCUUGCUGCAAUUCAGCACACACAAAUAACCCGGAAUCCCUUCUGCUCGUCCCUAGACCCGAAACAUGGCUGGGGACCAACAGAACAUGCCUGGGACAUGGGGAAAGAAAGGGGUUGGGGGGAGCUGGAGAUGGUGAUUAAGGUUCCAUCUCCUAAAUUGCCCAGGGUUUUAUUUAAGGGGAGAGAGGGGCAGGGCAAAGUCAGAGCCCAGGCCCCAAUGUGCGGACCAAGCUACGAGGCUCCUGCCUGUACUUUCCUCACUUCUACUUCAUAGACAUUAUUAGUGGCGGCAGGGUUACAAAAUGUUUCUAUGAGUACACCUUUUGGUCCACUUGAAUUAUGCUUGUGUGUCACUAUUAGAACCUAAACUCUGGAAUUAAAGGGAUUUUAUUUUUAGCAAAAUCUUGAUAAUUUAUGAAUCUAAUGCAAGACUAGUCAAAGACACUAGUAAUGAGUUCUGAAAGCUAACACCCUUUAAAGAAAUAUAUUUUCUUAAUAUACAGAAUGUGAAAAUUCUCAUAUAAGGAAUAUUAAAAGCUCAUAGGAUUUGUCUUGUUGUUCUGGUUUAUCUGCUGUGAGGAUGCUAUUGGAAGGUACAGAUUUGCUAUAGGGCUCAGCAGAAUUAAAAUGCAUUUCAGUUUCCUAAUAUCUUUGGAUUGUACUGAUUGGAGAAGCACAAAUGAAACUUUUUAACAGGAACAAUGUAUUUGAGCCACCUGUUAAUGAGUAAAUAUGGGGUGUUCUGACUCAAAGAAUGGUAUACAAGGUGAGAAACCUUGAUGUUUAGAAGUAACAAGAGUGAUACAUAAAUCCGAAGCAAUGGUUUUGUUAGAGUAUCAGUUUCCAUCCGUGUCACAGAUUGGUGCGUCAACGUUAAUUUUCCUCGACAUGUUUUAACCAUAUUGGUCACACCUGCCUAUACCUGUGAACAUGUUGCAGUACCAGAGUGUUGUAUUCUUCUGUCUUACUUGGUAGAAGUGCCAUUAAACAUUGUGUGCCUUAAA